CCUGCCUCCUGCCAACCACAUUUCCAUAUAAACAACUUUUACCUUUCUUAUUCAAGAUACUUCCCAUCUAUAAAGCUUCCACAAAUUCUUCAUUAUUUAUUAUUCAAAUAUUCAGACAUCUUUAGCUCUUUCAAAGUACUAAAAUACUUCAAUGUCUCGGCAAUGGAUGAGCCUAGUAGGAGCAUUAUGGCUACAAUCCAUGGCUGGAACAAACACUAAUUUUCCAGCUUAUUCUACACAGAUCAAGAAACUUUUGUCCAUAUCUCAAGUUCAACUCAAUAACCUAGCAUUUGCUUCUGAUGCUGGAAAAUUACUUGGUUGGUUUUCUGGAAUUGCAGCUACUUAUUUACCCCUUUGGCUAGUUCUUUUAAUUGGUUCAACACUUGGAUUAAUUGGCUAUGGGGUGCAAUAUCUUUUCCUUGCAAAUCACAUCAAUUCUUUAUCAUAUUGGCAUGUUUUUUCACUCACUUUUUUAGCUGGUAAUAGCAUUUGUUGGAUCAACACUGUUUGUUACAUAGUAGCAAUACAAAAUUUUCCAUUAGACCGUCAAGUUGCAGUUGGAUUAUCAACUAGUUACUUAAGUUUAAGUGCCAAGAUUAUUACAGAUAUAGUCAAUGUUAUUAAUUUUUCAUCCCCAAGUGAAAGGGCUGAGGUUUAUCUUCUUUUGAACUCGGUUUUACCCCUCUUUGUUUCAAUUGUUGCUGCACCAGUAAUUCGUGAGACAAAAGUUGGAAAAUCAAGAAAAUUAUCAGAUGGUUUUCGAGUAAUGUUUGUUAUAACAUUAGCUACAGGGACUUAUGCUGUGAUUACUAGCAUGGAAUCUGCAAUGAAUAAGUUAUUGCCAAGAUUGUUAAGUUUAUUUGGAAUGGGGGUAUUUUUGGUACUUCCAAUUUUGGUACCAUUGACUGAAAAAAUUAAAGAACAUUGGCAUAGACAAUGUUGGAUAAGAAGAGACCCAAAAAUUUGUGAUUUAAGUAAUUUGGAAGAAGCUAAUACAGCUGAAAUGAGAAUAUCACAAGAGGAGAGUACUAAUUGUGGGGUGAAAGAAGAUAAUGAUCUUGGAUUUGCUGUAAUGGAGGAAAUUGGAGCAAAGAAAAUGUUGAUGAGAUUGGAUUUUUGGUUAUAUUUCUUUGUUUAUUUAUUUGGUGCAACACUUGGUUUGGUUUAUUUAAAUAAUUUGGGACAAAUUGCUGACACUCGUGGAUACACUGGGACUUCUGCUCUGGUUUCAUUAUCAUCUUCUUUUGGUUUCUUUGGUCGUCUUCUUCCUUCACUCUUCGACUAUCUUUUUUCCAGGUAAAAAUUCUCUCUCUAUGUUCUUUUCUUAAAAUUAGACGACGAUCGAAAUUUACUGGCAUGACUAAUUCUGAUUUAUACCACGACAUAGUGUCCAUUAAGGGGGAAGCAUUCCUUAUCGGGAGUUUCUUCAUUUUUAAAACUCGAUGUUAAGACAUCUGACUAAGAAUAGAAUGAUCCGUUUACUAUUUCGUUACACUUGUUAGUUGUUGCUUUCUCAUACGGGUCGUUUGGCAGGAUGCAUUAAAGAAAAUAAUGCAUGCAUUAGCUUUUGGAAUUACUAAUCCCUUGUUUGAUACACUUUUUCAACUUAUAUAUUACUAAUGCAAGUAUUAGUUAUACAACAUAUUUGGUAUUAUCCUAUGUAUAACUAAUACAUAGCAAACGACGAUAUUAGUAAUACCAAAGAUGUUAAUAUAUGCAUUAGCAUGAUUAAAGACAAAAUUAUCUUUAAAGUCUCUUAAAGCUAAGAAAUAUGCAGGGCAUUUUUGUAAACAACUAAUCUUUUUUAAAAACUAUGCAAUGCAUUUUAAUUUUUAAUACAUCAUAUCAAACAGUGAAUACGAAAUAAUUUCUGCAUAAGUAAUGCUUACAUUACUUAAUACACGUUAUUCAACAUUAUUCGUAUCGUAUACAUCCUGCCAAAUGUUUUUAAUGCAAAAUUGUGACUAGAAAGAAUGUAGUUGGUAAAAUUUAAGGAGCCGCUUAUUAUGGUGGAAUACAUGCAAUAUAUUUAUUUGUGCGUUAAUGUGGGAAGCCCAAGGAUAAUCAUCACCAUUCAUUUUGUUCUAGUUUUAGACCAAGUAUUUCUUCAUGCAUUAAACACUAAAAACCAGCACGAGUAUUAACUAGUCUAUUAAGCUAAAGAGGUACGUACGUCGUGUUCUUAUAUUAAACACUUAAUCUUUAUUAGGAAUUGUCUGGUUUUAAGCAACACAAACGUCAAAAUCAAAUAGAAUUUGACUCGAGAUUUUUAUUUGGAUAUAUGUCACCAAAAAUAUAAGAGUAUGUGUUUCUUUUAAGUAAAUGUU